CAACCGUCAACUGUCAAUUGUUAGGCAAGAAUAAAAUUUGUGUUAGAUAGUUUAUCAGGUUUUUAAAAUAAGUUUAUCAAUUUAAUAUUUAAAUUGUAGUUGAAGAUAUCAGCAGUCAGUUAAUACCAAAUCAAAUAUGCCACGAGGAAAAUUUACAAACCACAAAGGCCGAAACCGCCGGUUUACUAAUCCUGAAGAAUUAGAGGAGGAAAGACGAAGAGAAGAACAGCAGAAAAAGUGGAGACAGAAGAGAGGCGAAAGUAGCAGUGAAGAAUCUGAAGAUGAAGCUGCUGGAGAUAAAAAGAUUAGUGAAGGUUCAGAGGAUUCUGACAGUGAAACAGAAGACAGCGAUGAAGACGAUGGUAAAGCUAAGGGUGUAUCUAAUCUAAUUGAAAUAGAAAAUCCGAAUAGGGUUCAAAAGAAAACAAAAAAAAUAUCCAAUCUUAAUGCUGCUGAUUUAGAUAGUAAGCCCCAACUGUCUAGACGUGAAAGGGAAGAAAUUGAAAAACAGAAGGCACAGGCACAUUAUCAAAAAUUACAUGCCGAGGGUAAAACUGAACAAGCUAGAGCAGAUUUGGCCAGGCUAGCUAUUAUCAAACAACAAAGAGAAGAAGCUAAAAAAAGAAGAGAAGCUGAAAUAAAAGAGAAAGAAAAUGCCGUCAAAGAGAAAACCGCUCAAGUGAAGAAGGCUCUAGGAAAGAAAUGAUUUUUUUGUAAAUUCAGACAUCCAUAUUUUUUUUAACGCAAUAUUUAUAUUACUAUCCGUGGAAUGUGUGGAAUGUCGUUAAUUAAUAUAUUUUUUUUAACAAUACUUGUAUUUUACAGUAAUGAUCAAAACAAUUAAAAAAAAAUAAGUACACUUA